GCUCUUCAUAUCAUUGUGAACAGCGAGGGCGUUGAUAUCUCCUCAAAAUGUGGAUCUUUUAUUUUCCGGCAGUGACAUCAGUGCUAAUCGUCACUCUUUAUUUGUAUUUCACAAGGACGUUCAACUACUGGAAGAAACGAAAUGUUCGCGGGCCCGAACCUACUGUAUUCUUCGGAAACCUGAAGGAUUCCGCCCUUCGCAAGAAAAAUAUGGGAGUAGUGAUGGAAGAAUUAUACAAUAUGUUCCCAGAAGAAAAAGUUAUUGGAAUCUAUAGAAUGACAUCACCUUGUCUACUUGUACGAGAUUUGGAAGUGAUUAAGCAUAUCAUGAUUAAAGACUUCGAAGUGUUCAGCGAUCGUGGUGUGGAAUUCAGCAAAGAGGGAUUGGGUUCAAACUUGUUCCACGCUGAUGGAGAAACGUGGAGAGCAUUGAGAAAUCGGUUUACACCCAUUUUUACAUCUGGUAAACUGAAAAACAUGUUUUAUCUUAUGCAUGAAGGUGCUGAUAACUUUAUAGACCACGUAAGCGCAGAGUGUGAAAAGAAUCAAGAAUUUGAAGUUCAUUCCCUUCUUCAAACUUAUACCAUGUCCACAAUUGCCGCUUGUGCCUUUGGAAUAAGUUAUGACAGUAUCGGCGAUAAAGUCAAGGCGCUAGAUAUUGUAGACAAGAUUAUUUCGGAACCGAGUUAUGCUAUAGAAUUAGAUAUGAUGUACCCGGGUCUCCUUUCAAAAUUGAAUCUGUCCAUUUUUCCAACGGCGGUAAAGAAUUUCUUUAAAAGUCUCGUGGACAACAUCGUUGCUCAGAGAAAUGGCAAACCUUCAGGUCGUAACGACUUUAUGGACCUGAUUCUAGAGCUCCGUCAAUUGGGAGAGGUAACUAGCAACAAAUAUGGUAGCAGUGCUUCAUCCCUUGAAAUAACAGAUGAAGUAAUAUGCGCCCAAGCUUUUGUAUUUUACAUCGCCGGAUAUGAGACCAGUGCAACAACUAUGGCCUACAUGAUAUACCAACUCGCACUCAAUCCCGAUAUACAAAAUAAGUUGAUAGCUGAAGUAGAUGAAGUAUUAAAAGCGAAUGAUGGGAAAGUAACAUACGAUACCGUUAAGGAAAUGAAAUAUAUGAAUAAAGCUUUUGACGAAACUCUUCGUAUGUACUCUAUAGUAGAACCACUGCAAAGGAAAGCUACAAGAGAUUACAAAAUUCCCGGAACAGACGUCGUUAUUGAAAAGGACACCAUAGUGCUAAUAUCUCCAAGAGGCAUUCACUACGACCCGAAAUAUUACGACAACCCUAAACAAUUCAACCCUGAUAGAUUCGAUGCGGAGGAAGUGGGCAAGCGUCACCCGUGCGCGUACUUACCAUUCGGACUUGGACAAAGGAACUGCAUAGGUAUGCGGUUUGGCAGACUUCAGUCCCUACUAUGCAUCACGAAGAUUUUGUCCAAGUUUAGAAUAGAGCCAUCGAAAAAUACCGACAGAAACUUACAAGUAGAACCGCACCGAGGCCUUAUUGGACCGAAAGGAGGAAUACGUGUCAACGUUGUCCCUAGGAAGCUCGUAUCUUAAAUAUUUUGGCUCUAAUGACGGUACAAGUACCGGAUAUUAUCUCUUCGUAAUUCUUCUAUCUACAAGAAACAUUGUCGUGGUCAAAUUUAGUUUAAUAAAUUAAAGAAAAAACAUGUUACUAAGGCGUAUGAAAUAAGUAAUGUAGAAUUUCGGUAAAAACUUGACUGAUCUUAAUCAAUUAGUGUGUAUUGUACAUAAAGUUAUUAUAAACUCGUACAAAAUUAUGUAAGCCCAAAGAAAAUUUUGAGAGUAAUUGAACCCCUAAUUGCCCCUGUGUAUAAUUAUAAUAUUAAAUAUCGGCAAUAGGAACUAGGUAAACAUUUACCUUUGUGUAUCUUGCGUGUAUUUUUUAACGUCACAUAUAUUUAGCGAUAUAAUUUUGUAAAUUAGUAGUUAUACUCAAAAUAAAAAGAAGCAAUCAAAUU